GCGAGAAUACGCAUUGUCACAGCCGUUGCUCAUCGCGAGACUAUCAUCCAGUCUCUCUGCCUGAUUCCAGCUGGUAGCCUGCCCGCCGUUGACGGUUCUGUUGCAGUUGAGGUGAGAGCCACCAGUCAUCAUGGGGAACAUCUUUGGCAACCUGUUGAAGAGCCUGAUAGGCAAGAAGGAGAUGAGGAUUCUCAUGGUGGGGCUGGACGCUGCUGGGAAAACCACCAUCCUCUACAAGCUGAAGCUGGGGGAGAUUGUUACCACCAUCCCCACAAUCGGUUUUAAUGUAGAGACGGUGGAGUACAAGAACAUCAGCUUCACCGUGUGGGAUGUGGGUGGCCAGGACAAGAUCCGUCCCCUGUGGAGGCACUACUUCCAGAACACCCAGGGUUUGAUCUUCGUGGUGGACAGCAACGAUCGUGAGCGGGUGAACGAAGCUCGGGAGGAACUGAUGAGGAUGCUGGCUGAGGACGAGCUGCGGGAGGCCGUUCUUCUCGUCUUUGCCAACAAACAGGACUUGCCCAAUGCCAUGAAUGCUGCAGAGCUCACAGACAAGCUGGGCCUGCACUCCCUACGCCACCGCAACUGGUACAUUCAGGCCACCUGCGCCACCAGUGGAGACGGUCUCUACGAGGGACUGGACUGGCUGGCCAAUCAGCUGAAGAACAAAAAGUGAAGAGUCCGGUCAACAGAGUGGGGAAGAGCCUGGGUGCCAGCUCCAGGUAGUGGUUAUCGUAGAUCCAUUGUGUUUACAUGGAGAGGCAGUGCUGAAAAGCUCCCAAGGGGAGACUCUCAAUCACUUUCCCCUCCUCCCCCCCAAAACAAAAUACUCGUUUCAAUUUCCUUUAUUUUGAAUAAUUUGUUUGGAUCUGCGGUGAGCGUUUUUAAAUAUUUACAAACCAAUGGUGUCGAAGUUAACCCAAAUGACUUACAUUCUACAUGCAGAAUACAUACAUAUUGGGAUGUAAUAGUAUAAUGUUACUGUAAAGGCAUAUGUAUUUCCCCUACUUUGCAGUCUCUUUAACCUUUGACCUACAUCACCUUUAAUUUGUUCAGAAAUGUGAUGAUGUAGACUCACAAUGGCUACUUUAAACCUAAUGUAAAUGAUAAAGAAUGUCCUAAUAGUAUAGUGGGAGUACUAUUACUAUCUCAGAAUAAUAUCACUUUGUUAAAAAAACGUAUACUCAUACAGGCACAGAUAAAUGCGAAGUUGUCCUUUUCUGUUCAUUCUUCUGUUUUAACACCAAAUCAUGCGCUUCAGACCUAAAAAUGUGCAAAGAAUUUUUUUAAAUUUAUUUUAGAUUUAAUGAAAAUGUGAAUUCUACUUAUUUUAUUAAACACAAAACCAGAUGACAUACACUUAGUCUUAAACAAUUUGUAUUUUUGUCAACAUGUAUUUAUUUAUUCUUUGGUUUGUUAAUUGGUUUUAUUUUAUUGUUAUUUAUGUGUAUGCAUCAAAUGGUUCUUUUCCCUUUAUUGCAAUGUGUAUUUACUGCUGAGGCAGCUGGUGAAGAAAGGUGCCCUGUUAUCAGUGUAUAUUACCCCUCUUCCCAAUCUGCAUGGAGACGUCCCACUCCUGGCUCACGGGCUCGUUCGAGCUGUGAACUACUGCAGGUCGCUGCUGUAAAUAAAGAUUUGUUCUUCGUCGACUUGCCUGGCUCAAUAAGGGUUAAAACAUUUUGUCUGGCGCCAGCGAGAUGUAACAGCUGAACUGAUACAGAUGACAGAACAGGGACACUGUACCAGCUCCGUGGCUUUGGAAAUAAAAUGUGGAGAUCGAUGCAGCAGAGCAUGUGAUUGGCAAUAUCAGAGAGCUGACAUGAUUUUCGAAUGUUCAUUCUUUAAGUCAGUUUGUGCGAGCAGCUGCACUAUAUCCGUCAAAAGAACUCACAUUGCUUGUCAUCCUGAUUUAUUCCUCCCUAAUUGGCAUAAUACACGUGUCACUGUGCAUUAUGUUGCAAAAAAUAUCCAGAUGCAUUAUAGUUGUACAAAAUGUAAUGUCUGUUUUUUUCUUGUAUUUUUGAAUGGAGUAUUUAUUUAUUGUGGACCAAAAGGCAAGUGCUUUUAGUGUUGUUUUUCUUAAUUUGCUAACUAGGUCAGUUGUCUUUUUGAGUGUUCACACAUAUCACACAAAAAAUGAAAAAAUAGGAGAGUGGAUGACAGUAAUACUGCAUCAUAAGGCAUGUUAAUACUGUACAAGAUCUGUAAUAAAAGUGAAUUAUAAUAGCCUGUUUCCUCAGACUAUAUUUGUCAGUUCAAAUUACUGCUGCUGGUUGGAACAAUGCUGUAAUAAUAAAUGUUUACCGAAAAACCUUCUAAUAUGCAAAAGCAUGCUUUUCUAUGUGGGCGCAGCUGUAUAUAUGUUUACGUAACAAGAAAAGUACCGUGUUAUUCGCGAUCAAAUUGUAAGUGUUGUUGAUACACCUGUAGAUAUUGGGGUCAGUGUGGUGGCAGACAUGUAGAACUGACAGCAGCUUGUGUGUGUGAUGUGCCCUCUAUUGCGUUGUUUUUGUGGCCUUAUAUUGCCAGUGGUUUGUUUCUCUUUGAUAACAGGUUUGUAUAUCGGGAUGUCCAACAUUCAAGUAUCUCACCGAUGAUCUCUAACACCGAUGCACUCACAGUACCGUUGUGGCUGAACAUCCUUCAUUCAGUGACUAUUGGCAGAUUAACUUGAAAAAUGUAGAAAAGCAAGACUGCAGAACAUUCCAACGGGUAAAGUUUAUUUAAAAAAGAAACAAUCUGAACGUAGAUUUAUUUAAUUUAGUGGGAUAUUAUCAAGAGGAGAAAAAUAAAAACAACACAAACUGGUGCAAAAGUCUUGAAUGAUUUGAUGAUUCAUGACACUUUGUCGAACGAUCAAUAAAAACACCAAAACUAA